AAACUAACAAAGGAAGUGAGCAAAGGUGCAAAUGUGUUUGUCUUGACAGCUUGAACUUCAAUAGGGCAUCUGCUAAGUUUUAGACCUCUCUCUUUUUUUCAGUUUUUAUGAUCCUAAUAUGGUAACGUGUUCUGAUUGGUUUGGGGUAACAUGGAACAAUAAGAGGUGUAUAUAAGACAGCCGCUCUGGGUGAGGGUGUUCUUCUCUCUAGAACUGUGUAGAAAUCUUCUUUAAACAACCUUCUUGCAUGAAUAAAAUCAACAAAGACAUUUCCUGAGUGUUUGUUUCAUUACAUUCUCACCACUGAAGGAAUAAAGAACUUUUCCACAACAAUGAAUAAGUCACUAUGAAAUUAAAAUAAAAAAAUUCUUAUUUUUUAUGGAAUAUUGCAGUAUUUAUGAAUGAUUUAUCAAUGCACAUCACAUUUAAAAUUCACAUGCCCCCAUAAUCUUUAAUUAAAAUAACUUCCCCUCCCUCUUGCAAUGACUUCUCUUCUCUUCUCUGAUGACGUGUUUACUGGAGCGAGAGUGGGACAACCUGUCAAUAACAUGAUAUUACAGCAAUGGCCGAGUUUCUCUCGAAUAAACAUCACAAAAGGGAAGAAAGUCUAUCACAACUUCUGUUUCAUCUCAACUUUAAGGGUCUGAUGUCACAGGUUUUUGUUUUCACACAUUUGUUUUCACACAGUGAAGUCUGUUUGUCACUAGCUUUAAAAAGAAGACGAGUGCUGACUACAUCUACAACGAACAAGAUCAUUUAAUGUUUGACAGUUAAAGAGCAGAAAUGUCUGAUGGUAUUUAUGAAGAUGUGAUCAGGACUGAGUCUGAGAGAAUGAACACAGACAGAAUGGAGAUGACAGUGGUAAUCUAUGAGAGUGCAGAAGAAUAUGUGAGAGAUCAUGACUUCAGGACAGAGACAAACACACACCAACCACUUCAGCGUACAGGAAGUGAUUGUGUGAAGAUCAGAAGCUCCAGAGCAGCUGCAGUGUGUUUGGUGCUGCUGUGUGUUCUUCUGCUGACUGCAGUCAUAGUGCUGUGUGUCACGUUCACUCUAGAGAGACAACACUUAAUAUCCAAGAAUGAAAACCUGACCAAUGAGAGAGACCAGCUACUAACUAACAUUACCAACCUAUCAGAAGAGAGAGAUGGGCUGAAAAUAAAGAACAAAAACCUGACCAAUGAGAGAGACCAGCUAAAAUUGGAGAAAAAUUAUCUUCAAAUGAGUCUUGGUAAACUGGAUGGAUGGAUUUACUAUCAAUCCAGUCUUUACUUCAUUUCCUCUGAGAAGAAGAACUGGAUUGAGAGCAGAAGAUACUGUACAGAGAGAGGAGCAGAUCUGAUCAUCAUAAACAACAGAGAGGAACAAGAAUUUGUCAGUAACAGUUUUGAUGGUUUCUGGAUUGGUCUGACUGACAGUGUUGUGGAGGGCAGAUGGGAAUGGGUUGAUGGCACCAACAUGACCUCUGGGUGAGAAAUCACUGAAUUGAACUGAUUAUUCUCUAAUAAAUGAUCAUAUCUCACAGUAAGUAUCAUAUCACACAGAAAGCAGCACUGAACAUCUAAUGCUGAUCUGUUCUUUCAGGUUCUGGAGGUCUGGAGAGCCU